GGGAGGUGAAGCCGAAGAAAGAACGAGAGUUGGAUGAGAGGGAGGUGUGGCGGGGGCAACACAGAUGCGCUCAGUCCAGACUGGGACAACUUGCGAAGAGAACAGGAGGAGGACACGGGGAGCAAGAAGAAGAAGAAAAGAUGAUGAUGAUGACUGUGGACGGCAAGCAACACUUGGGCCUGUACGGGGGCGUGCGCAGAGCGUGCGUGCACGGGCCCAAGCUCCAGGCCAAUAUAUUGGGAGGCGGCUUGGAGGAGAGCCUGCUGGCUCGGGCAGAGGCUCUGCAGGCGGCGGCUGACAGCAUCCUCGUCUCCCAGGCAAGGAGAGACGCCAGCUUCCAUACCAUGAGCGGCGUGCCCUCCUGCACCACCGCGUCCUCCUCGUCCUCCGCCGUCAUCGCCCCACAUCACCACCAGAACUUCCAGAGCCACCAGCUGGGGCAGAGCCUGGAGGCCGGGGACCUUCUGGAGCAGCUCUCUGGGAGCCUGGGGGUGACCGUGAUGGGCGCGCCGCCGGAACCGGGGGUGACGCUCCACCACCAGCACUCGAACCACCACCACCAUCACCUGCAGACCAUGGGGCAGCUGCACCAGGCGAUGGCCGCCAUGGCCCACCCACACCCGGCCGUGCCCACGCACGGCGAUGUGGAGUCGGACCCGCGCGAGUUGGAAGCCUUCGCCGAGCGUUUCAAGCAAAGGCGCAUCAAACUCGGCGUGACGCAGGCGGACGUGGGCUCGGCUCUGGCCGACCUCAAGAUCCCCGGCGUGGGUUCCCUGAGCCAGAGCACCAUCUGCAGGUUUGAGUCGCUCACGUUGUCGCACAACAACAUGAUCGCGCUCAAGCCGGUGCUCCACGCCUGGCUGGAGGAGGCCGAGGCGGCGCACCGGGACAGGAGCGCGGUGCCGGAGCCGCUCGGAGGAGGGGGCGGCGGGGGGGCGGACGACUCCAGGCGGCGCAGGCGCACGUCCAUCGCUGCCCCGGAGAAGCGCUCCUUGGAGGCCUACUUCGCCAUCCAGCCCAGGCCGUCGUCGGAGAAGAUCGCCGCCAUCGCUGAGAAGUUGGACCUGAAAAAGAACGUGGUGCGGGUGUGGUUCUGCAACCAGAGGCAGAAGCAGAAGCGCAUGAAGUACUCGGCCGUGCACUGA